AUGAACACAACACCCAAAACAGAAGACCUCCAGGCACAGGAGCCCCCUUCAUACGCACGGAAUCCCUCGGAACACGACCAACUGCCCCCGGAAACGCUACUACUUGCCGGUGAUGCUAUACAUAGCACAUCCAGGCCAGCCUCUUGUUCUAUUCCUCUAUACAAGCUUUCCCUUGAUAUUGGCUUCCUACGCAAGAAUAACACAAAAGUUGAGCUCUCUCGCUUUGAACAUCGCAUCCACAACCGUAAUACUACGGGCUCCCCAGAAGUGAGCGCUCAACCAAGGCACAUCUUCAACUUAACUCGGCCUCCAACCAUUACUGCACCAUCGUUCGAAUAUCAUCUCGAGUCUACCUCUAGCGGUAGCCUAGGCCAUAUUGGCUUGAAAAGAUACCAUCACGUUCUCUCUUCGGGAUAUCAGGCUUGGAAAGCAACAAUAGCCCAUUCCGGUGCUGAUCUAGAAGCUAAAGAUAUUAUCUUCACAGCAAAGGCACAGCAUAAAGGACAAUACGAAUGGUGCAAAGCCGGAGAUGGUUAUAUUCUGGCGUACGACACGAUUGACGAUGGUAUUUUCCGCUUAGAAAUCAUUAGGCCCAUGCCUCAAAAUCAGCGCGAUGCCCUAGUUGGUGUCUGGUGUUUGAGAAUCUGGAGGGAGAUCGCUAAUUCUAACGUAGAGCCAUUAAGCUUGGAUGAAUUCAAGCGCAUUAUGCAAACACGGACCUACAACUCUUCCUUUAGAGCCGGUUGGGGCGUAUAA